CCGGAGUAUGCUGAGGGCGGGGCGUGAGGCGCGCGCCCGCGCGCCCUUGGUACCGCGGCUGCGCCUUGCCCGUGCCCGCCGCCGCCAUGGACAGCGACGAGGAGACGUUAGAGGAGAUAGUGGAAGGGCAUCUAGAUGAUGAUGGGCUACCACAUGGAUUCUGUACGAUAACCUAUUCAUCAACAGACAGAUUUGAAGGAAAUUUUGUGCAUGGAGAAAAAAAUGGCCGUGGCAAAUUCUGCUUUUUUGAUGGAAGCACCUUGGAGGGGUACUACGUUGAUGAUGCCCUGCAAGGCCAAGGAAUCUACACCUACGAGGACGGAGUGGUCCUUCAUGGCACCUACGUGGAUGGAGAGCUGAAUGGCCCAGCCCAGGAGUAUGACAGUGAUGGGCGGCUGAUAUUCAAAGGGCAGUAUAAAGACAACAUCCGAUAUGGAGUCUGUUGGAUUUAUUACUCGGAUGGAGGCAGCCUUGUGGGAGAAGUGAAUGAAGAUGGAGAGAUGACUGGAGAGAAAAUAGCCUAUGUGUAUCCUGAUGGAAAGACUGCAUAUUUUGGAAGGUUCAUAGAUGGAGAAAUGAUAGAAGCAAAAUUGGCAACUCUGACAGCUGUUGAGGAUGGGAAACCUCAAUUUGAAGUCAUACCAGGCAGCCCAGUAUAUAGUUUUGACAAAUCUACUUCAUCCUGCAUUUCUACAAAUGCCCUUCUUCCUGAUCCUUAUGAAUCAGAGAGGGUGUAUGUGGAUGUCUCUCUCAUUUCCAGUGCUGGAGAAGGAUUGUUUUCAAAAAUAGCAGCAGAAGCCAGUACAGUGAUGUCCUUCUAUAAUGGAGUGCGAAUUACACACCAGGAGGUAGACAGCAGAGACUGGGCUCUCAAUGGAAAUACAAUAUCCCUGGAUGAUGAAACAGUCAUAGACGUGCCAGAGCCCUACAACCACGCUGCCAAGUACUGUGCCUCGCUGGGGCAUAAGGCCAACCAUUCCUUCACUCCUAACUGCACCUAUGAGCUGUUUGUUCAUCCUCGUUUUGGGCCCAUCAAGUGUAUCCGUACCAUCAGGGCUGUGGAGAAGGAUGAGGAAUUGACAGUGGCUUACGGGUAUGAUCACAACCCUGUGGGGCAGAAUGGGCCUGAAGCACCAGAGUGGUACCAGCUGGAACUGAAGGCUUUUCAGGCUGCCCAGCAAAAGUGACAUGGGAGCCUUCUCCACUCAGCAAACUGAAACAGAAACUUGGAUCUAUGCACUACCUUUAUACUGAAAACUGGACAACCAGGGAUUGUUCAUGCUGUUGCAUCAUAACCUUGCAUUCUGUGUUAAGAGAUAAGUUCCUUGGAUACUAACUAGGUUUGACUGUGUUACUCAUAGCAGAUUUAAAAAUUAGCUAGCAUUGCACUUAUCUGAAGAAAUUAUUUAAUAUUCUAUACAAGAUGUGGUAUUCUUUGGUAGCUUCUGCUUUUGCACAUGCAAAGAUGCCAAAAGACUAGAAAGAAACUAAAAUGAGUGUAUCGUUCACUUUUAGUCGGCAGACUUAGUGUUGCUCUCUAUCUGCCUAGGCAUUAUUGUGCAACUGCAUUUUGCAUAUAUGCCACUUGUGAUUAUAACAGUAAUAUUUUGAUAUUCUCUAAUAGUAGCAUAAUUUUGCCUUUUUAAACCUUUGAUCUGAAUCUUGCAAUAGAGCAGUUUAUUUAUUAUUAUAUAGGAGGCUGGGUUUUAACUCCCCUUUCCUCUUGUCUGAACGUUGCUCUUUCUACAAAUCCUCUUUUGCAGGAGAAAAUCCUUUCUAACUAGUGGAAAGGCUUGUGUGUGUAUGUGAGAGUGCUGUGUGUUGGUCUCUGUGGCUCUCUAAAUAGUAUAGCAACAUGUCUGAACCUAAUAUUUAUCUAGCCUAUAUGGCUGGCUUAUUUUAUUUAAUUUAUUAUUAUGACAUGCAAAUGAAGCUAUUCUUUGCAUGAAGAUUUUGUGAAAAGGAGAAGACAGGUUUGCUGUUGAAAGACUUCCAGAAGUACAUGUUCUGGAAGGCAAGCACAUUACUUGCAUCAAUGUUCAUAAGUUGGUUUGUGUAUUUCACGUGUUCAAGGGGCCAAUUCUCAAGGCACAAAAGAUGCUUGGAUCUCCUGUGGAUUCUCUGAAAGGAGGUGCAUGUAUUUGGGGACAGACCUUGGUGAAGGAGAGCUGUAUCUUUUAUAUGUGUUCAUUUGACAGAACAGCAUAGCCUUAUAGCCAUCUUUUAGUAGUUCUGGUUUAUGACACAGUGAAUUAAUAUAAUAUGAGGUAUCAAAAUAAGAUUUUUUUU